AUGGCUGCCGUCUACAAAUCCAUCUCCAAAACCAGCACCCCCAAGGCUGAGGCGCCUAGCAAUGGCAUUAAGAAGAACAAGCAGAGGGUUCUGAUCCUCUCUUCCAGAGGUGUCACCUACAGACAUCGCCAUCUUCUCAACGAUAUUGCGUCGAUGCUCCCUCACAGUCGAAAGGAUGCCAAGUUCGACUCCAAGACUAAGCUGUACGAGCUGAACGAGUUGGCCGAGCUUUACAACUGCAACAACGUUCUUUUCUUCGAGGCGAGAAAGGGAAAGGAUCUCUACGUUUGGUUAAGCAAGGUUCCCAAUGGGCCUACCAUCAAGUUCCAUCUCCAGAAUUUGCACACAAUGGAGGAACUUCACUUCACCGGUAAUUGCCUUAAGGGAUCGCGACCUGUCCUCUCAUUCGACGGCGCUUUCGACGAGCAACCUCACCUACGAGUCAUCAAGGAGCUUUUCCUCCACACUUUUGGCGUUCCUCAGGGUACCCGAAAGUCGAAGCCUUUCAUCGACCACGUUAUGGGUUUCAGCUUCGUCGAUGGCAAGAUCUGGGUCCGCAACUAUCAAAUCAACGAGGUCGAAGCGACAGAAAAGGAGGGCGAGGAAGACGAGGAGGAGUCCAAGUCCAAGUCCCGAUCCGGAAAGCCUGACACCGACAUCAACCUGGUCGAGAUUGGUCCCCGAUUCGUCCUUACACCUAUUGUGAUCCAGGAGGGAUCUUUCGGCGGACCCAUCAUCUACGAGAACAAGGAGUUUGUGUCGCCAAACCAGGUCCGAGCCGAUCUUCGAAGGACGAAGGCUUCGAAGCACAACGCCCGCGCCGAGCAAGAGGUGGAGAGACGGGCCAGGAAGGGCGACCUUGGAUUGCGAUCCGUUGGUGGUCAGCGACCGGCUAAGAGUGAGCUGGAUACCAAGAUGCUGUUCGCCUAG